GCUUCUGAACUAUAAACAAUGGAACUUAUAUUUUGUUUAAUGCUAAUUUCGUUGUGUCAUCACUGCCAAGCAUCGGAAUAUUAUAUUGAUGAUACUUCUGGUUUAGGGCGUACUUUUGAUGGAAUCGGGGGAUUAAGCGGAGGGGGAGCUACCUCCAAGUUGCUGGUCAACUAUCCAGAACCACAAAGGACGCAGAUACUUGAUUUCCUGUUCAAGCCAAAUUUUGGAGCAUCACUGCAGAUACUGAAGGUGGAAAUAGGUGGUGAUGGCCAAAGUACAGAUGGCACAGAGGCCUCCCACAUGCACUCGAGUGAUGAUGAGAACUAUCAGCGUGGGUAUGAGUGGUGGCUAAUGGUGGAGGCUAAAAAGAGGAAUCCAGACAUAAAGAUUUAUGGUCUCCCCUGGGCAUUUCCCGGCUGGCUGAACAAGAAGGGUCAGAGCAAUCCAUACACCUACCCUGAUGUGACAGCUGGCUAUAUCAUUAGCUGGAUUAAGGGUGCAAGCAAAUACUAUAACAUCACUGUCGACUAUGUUGGGAUUUGGAAUGAGAAAUAUUAUGACAAGAAUUAUAUAAAGACUCUUCGUGCCAAGUUAGACAAGAGCGGGUUAACACAUGUGAGGAUUGUGGCCCCUGAUGCCCCCAUGGUCAAUGACUGGAAGAUUUGUGUGGACAUUCUUAAAGACCCAGUAUUUGCUGAGGCUGUGGAUAUUGUUGGUUGCCACUACCCAGGAACACUCACAUCAGAGGUAGCGUUACAGACAGGCAAGCCCCUGUGGUCUUCAGAAGAUUACAGUUCCUUUAAUGAUCUGACAGGGGGAGGAUGCUGGGCUAGGAUAUUGAACCAGAAUUAUGUCAACGGCAAUAUUACAUCGACAAUAUCCUGGAAUUUGAUUGCGGCAUACUACGACAGUCUGCCGUACACAAGAGAUGGACUGAUGACAGCUAUGAGUCCUUGGAGUGGUCAUUACGUCGUCAGUAGUCCAAUUUGGAUGACAGCACAUACUACGCAGUUCACAAAGAUUGGCUGGUCUUAUCUUCACCAUGGCAAAGGGGCGGGACAUCUUGACCUUGGGGGCAGCUACGUGACCUUGACCAGCCAAGAUAGGAAACAGCUUACCAUUGUCAUGGAAACCAUGACCCAUGAUCACUCCACGUGUGUUCGCCCAAAACUGCCUGAAUACAACGUCACCAAGCAGGAUGUUACCUUUGUACUGAAGGGAUCUUUUGUUGGCAUAAGGACCAUGCAGAUGUGGAGAUCACAGUUUGUGGCAGGGACAGACAACUCUGUGUUCUUCAGGAGGGAGGCUGAUGUUCAGGUUGUUAAUGGUAGGGUCAAGCUUUCACUAAACCCAGAUGAAGUGGUAACCUUGACAACAGUAACCACUGGCAACCAUGGAAACUAUCCAGCCCCACCCCCUUCAAAGGAUUUUCCAUUGCCUUACACAGAGGACUUUGAACGAUAUAAUGAGAAUGAGGAGCCAUACAAUUUUGCCCAGCAGACAGGGUCAUUUGAGGUUGUUAUGGCUGGUUCCCAUGGCAACGUGAUGAGACAGAUGGUUACACAAACACCGAUAUACUGGUGCUCGGCUGAGAAGUUAGAUAUGGCCGUAAACUUCAUUGGGAGUCAAAAUUGGUCAAAUAUCUACGUGCAGACUGAUGCCCGGUUGGUCAGCAACCAUUCGGCGGACGGGUAUUUCAUAGCCGCCCGUAUAAACCAGGGUGGAUGCUGGCUUGGGGCUUCUAAAGGGGUCUUCUUCCAUGUAUAUCCUCAGAAACAAAAGUUCCUCGUCAGCCAGUAUAUAGAUAAGAUGACAGUGUUAGUAGAGGGGUAUACUGGACCAAUAGAAGCACUGGGAUGGAACACGCUUAGACUCAUGGUGAAUGGCAACAUUGCAACAGGAGGAAUAAACAACAACUCUUUGUUUAGUGUCACAAUACCUACCAAGAAUACUCAUGGAUUUGUGGGGCUUGGAACUAGCUCCUGGGGAUAUGCAGACUUUGACAAUGUUCAUAUCGAAGGCUGAAAGUUUCUUCAGAUAAGAAAAGGAAUGAUUUUAUCAAACAUAAAUGUAGCUAUUUAUAUAUGGGCAACAUGUUUACUUAAUUGUUGUGUUGACUGCAAACCAAUAGAAGACAUUACUAAACUACUGUGUCUCAGGCGUUUUCGUUACAUUUCAGUUUUCAAUAGAUAAAUUUUCAACAAUUUGUUGUUGUCUUCAAACUUGGUAUGCAAAUUGGUCAUGUUCAGUAGAUGACCUCUGUCGAUUUUGGGGUCAGUAGGUCAAAGGUCAAGUUGACCUUUAGUUGAAAAAUGAUAGGUGCUCCUUAAUGGCAACACAUCUGUUUACGGAAUUCUAGUUUUAACGGAAGUAUAGUUUAAAGUUCAAAUUUUGAGAGGUAGUAGAAUUAUUUUUUUUAAAUGGGGCUUAUUUCUUAAUAAAAUAUGUUUUCAUUGACCUGUUUUAUGCAUAUGCAUGGUUACCAUGGUAGUGAACAAAAUAAGAAGGAUAUUUAGUCAUUUUCAGGUGUAUAUACCAAUAAAGGUGUUGGUAUUCUUAAAGUCUUUAUCUUAAAGUCUUUAUCUUGGAAAGAAUAUUAAUAAAUAUCAUUGCAAGUGAUUCUCUAACUUUAUGAUACUCACUUUUGUUUUGGUAUUUUCUUUUAUAUUUGUACAUUCCACAUAUCUAUUUUAUUUUUGUUAUUUUUUUUUCUGUUUACAUACAUAUUUUUAUAUAUAAUUUUACACAUAUAUUAAGCAUAAAUGAUAUUCCAUGCUUGAUAUUAGAACAUUUUAAGAGGGAAGAAAUCCAUAAAUAAAUUUGGU